GUUUAUACACUAUAGAAGUAACGUCAAAAAGCUGUGCACAGAAUUACAAUGUCCGAUAACGUUCCACUGCGCGAUCAAGAGUCUUGCGUCGAUGACGAUUACUACAUGAUAGAUGUUUUCAGUUAUGUGCGAUCGGCGACAAAUGGCGAAACAGGAUCACUGCAUCAAUUGGUCAUGUACGUCACAAAGGCCUUGGAGAAUUCUGGCCGCCUAGAUAUUCUUCGAGAGAAGCAACGUGAUCAAAACAUAAUGAAGAUAUACUCAAAGAUUUUCCGAUGGAAGAAGACACAAGGGGAAAACAUUAAAGCACAGUUAUUCUUGGGGGACUUUCACGCUGACGGAGAGAUUGAAAGAAAGAAGAUCGAUCACAUGAAAAUGGCAGAGAAUGUCGUCAUCACCAUGCCAGUCAGUGACGCCUCCAAAAUGAAUGUGAAAGGAAAAUUACUUAAUGAAGUUGGAGAGAUGAUCUUGGAGAUAGAAGAGAUGACCGUGAAUCUUUUUAAGUUUCAAGGCGGUGAAACACGAGUUGGGAUAGAGCACGAGUAUAGAGGCAACGAGCCAGUUGAACAAGAUGUAGCCUCAUGAAGCCAAGUCUAACUAGCCUAUAGUAGGUUUUUUUUUCUUUAGUAGGGGAGGUUUGCGUAACUAAAGGAUAUUACUUCAUUUCAUAUGAGGGAACUUCCUCUAAUAUAGCAAUCAAAAUCUUUUUGUCUAGCUUGAUAUUCAUUUUUACACGCUAGAAGCCAUAUUUAGCAUUAUUUUAGCCCUAAUUGCUACUUCGAACUUUUUUGCUCGUGCUUUUGGAGGGCGGGACCUGAACCCUACAGAGAUCUAAAUUUACAGGUUUGAGGUGAAAGUG